AUUGAAAGAUGAGAAUUCCACUGUUUUGAUUUACUUGUGGGCUCAAGUUUCCUUCAGUGAACAAGAAACAUGGCGUCACAAGUUGAUCAUAGCUCGGAAUCAGCUGCGAUGAACGGCCAGGCCAGUACUUCUGUCGUAGAAGACGAUGAUACAGAAGCCGGCCCAUCAUCAUCUUCUUCAUCAUCUUCGGUCGCUGAUAAACGAGCAGAAAGAAUGAAAAGAUUGCGAGAUCUUCAUCUUAGAAGGAAUGAGGCACGUAAAUUGAAUCAUCAAGAAGUUGCAGAGGAGGAUAGAAGAAAGAAGCUGCCUGCAAAUUGGGAGGCUAUGCAACGUCGAGUAGAAUGGGAAAACAAGGAAGAAGAGGCUAGGAAGGAAGCUGAAUCUCGUGGAGAGGAUUAUGACAGAGUUAAGUUGUUAGAGAUGUCUGCUGAUGAUGCUGAUAGACUGGAUAGGAAGAGAAAGAAGAAAAAUCCUGAUCAAGGCUUCUCUGGCUUUGCUGCUGCUCAAUAUAGACAAUACCAACGCCUUACCAAACAGAUGAAACCAAAUAAUGAAGAUUACAAGAGAGAAAAGGAACAAAAAGGGGAGGGAAUGUACCCCAGUGUUGAUGAUGUUAAUUAUGGAGGAGAGGGAAAAGUACCGGAGGCUGCAGUAGACAGGAUGGUUGCUGACCUAGAAAAGCAAAUUGAAAAGCGUGAGAAGUACAGCCGUCGCCGAGCUCACCAAGAUGAAGCAGACAUUGAUUACAUUAAUGAACGCAAUAUGAAGUUCAACAAGAAACUAGCAAGGUUUUAUGACCCAUUCACUUCUGAAAUCAAGCAAAACUUGGAAAGAGGCACUGCAAUUUAAACUUAUAUGAAUAUUAUAAAUUUACUGUUUCAAACUCAGAAGAACGUGGAAAACUGCCACCAUUGUCAAGGUGAUUUGAUUAGAAUCCAGGCAAUAUAAAUGUGUGGUGUUUGCCAUUUAAGUGUGUUAUGUACUGUAAAUAAAAAUCACCACUAGGACAAAUGCAAAAAUAAAAUCACCGUCUGAAAAUUGCAAUGGCUAGGAAAGUUAUAUGGUUGAUAAGUUGCAUUUGUACAUUAGUGAGUGUUCCUGAUUAAAAUAACGCUUCUCUGACCAA